CUUUCCACAGCUGAUACAGAUUUUACCAGCGUUUCUCUUCUUUUUUCCCCCUUGCUGCAGUGAUAAACCCUCCUUUUUUCUUGCGACUAAAACCCCUACCUCUCCAAUUUUGCCCGACUCAACUUCUCUCCUGUCUCGGCGUUCCAGCUCGUAUUUGGCAAGGGGUUAAUUUGGUGGCAAAUGCUAAUUUCUAGACUUUCGAGAGUUGGAUUUCCAAUAAUCGGAGCUCUUUCAAGAGGCAUUUCUGCACAUGUAUGUAGAACAGGAUGUGCCGGAAGCACCUAUUGUCAGAGACAUUGGCAUGAAUUGCAGCCUGAAACGUGGUGGUUCCAAGGUGCCAUAUAUCAGAGGAAUCGCUAUUGUUCCACUACAGCAGCCAGUGCUGACUCUGCAGAUAAAGGAGAACAGCAAGAGAUAUCUGUGACAUUUGUCGACAAGGAUGGAGAGGAAAAACACAUUAAGGUCCCAGUUGGAAUGUCUAUGUUAGAAGCUGCACAUCAAAAUGAUAUAGAACUUGAAGGAGCAUGUGAAGGCUCACUUGCUUGUUCAACAUGCCAUGUAAUUGUUAUGGACAUUGAGUACUACAAUAAAUUAGAAGAACCAACUGAUGAGGAGAACGAUAUGUUGGAUCUUGCUUUUGGGCUUACAGAAACGUGAGAUCUCGUCUGGGUUGCCAAGUGAUUGCAAAACCUGAACUUGAUGGGGUUCGCUUGGCCAUUCCCGCCGCCACUCGAAAUUUUGCUGUUGAUGGGUACGUUCCAAAACCACACUAGACAUGGUACAAAGUUGGGAAGUGUUUGCUGAGUGUAAAGGAUAACAUCAUCCCAGUUUUGUAGCUCUUAUAUUUUAUUCUCUUUAUGAGUAUCUAUUCCAACAUAAUUAAUGUCUCAUUUGAAGUCAGUGGUACCUAAUGCUUUUUUAUUUCUUUAGAUAAUAUUCCAUAUUACAGUUAUUUCAUUGAAUACACGAUGACAAGAGGAAUAGGUGAUUAAGGCUUUGGCGAGCAUGACAUCAAGGUGGUCUGUGGUGUAAGAGUAUGUUUUUUUAAUGUCUCGUUAUUUGCUGAAUAAAGUGUUCUUGUCAUGCAAAUUUGCAUGGGAGCUUUGAUUUUUGCCAUC